AUGGGAAUCACGAUGAUGAUGCUGGCGGUGGUCUAUGUGUUCUUUCUCGGUCUGCUUAUGUUCGCCGGAAUACCGCCGGAGUUGGUGCUGGUAAUCGCCGUCGCGAUGGCUUUCUUCCAGUAUUUCAUGUCCGACAAGCUGGUGCUUGCGACUACGGGGGCGCGAGUGGUCACGGCAGAGGAAGAGCCGCGUCUGCAUGGCAUAAUCGAGAGGCUGGUGGCGAUUGCGGAUAUGCCGAAGCCGAAGAAGAUUGCGGUUAUGGAUACGCACGUGCCCAACGCGUUCGCUACUGGGCGCAACCCGAAGAACGCGGUCAUAGCCGUUACGAGAGGGCUUUUGAAUCGGCUCAACGAGCGCGAGUUGGAAGCGGUGCUAGGUCAUGAACUGGCGCAUGUGAAGAACCGGGAUGUGAUGGUACUGACCUGGGCCAGCGUCAUAGUGAUUGCAGCGGGGUUCCUGCUGCAGAUGCUGUUCUGCGGCGGGCAUGGAGGCGGCGGUCGGCGUGAUAUGGGGCAGCUCAUGAUAAUCAUGCUCGCGGUUUAUGUCGGCACGAUAAUCGUUUAUUUCGUGAGCCAGAUGCUCAUUAUGACGCUGUCGCGCUACCGGGAAUUCGCGGCGGACAGGGGCGGCGCAGUAAUAACAGGUUCGCCGUUGCAGCUCGCAUCCGCGUUGCAGAAGAUCAGCAACGACAUGUACCGCAUUCCUGAGAAGGACCUGCGGAAAGUGGAGCACGCGAGCGCAUUCUUCAUCAUUCCAGCGCUCAAGGGCAAUGCGAUAGCGACAAUGUUCUCCAGCCACCCGAAGGUCGAAGAGCGGAUCGAGCGACUUCAGGAAAUGCAGCGCAGUAUGGAGCGGAGUAGCUAG